AUGCGCAAACUAUUGCGUGACAAGGGCAUCAAGAGGCCCUAUCUCAUGCUGAGUCCUUCUGCCGAAGAAGACUUUGCAGAAUUCAAGUCGACAGAGGAUGUUGCGUACGACGCAGUUGUGGUCGGGCUCGCACCCACCAAAUUCACAUACGAGAACAUGAGCGAAGCUUUCCGUAUCUUAUCCUCGACGCCGACGUCCAACUCUAUCCCCCUGCUCGCAACACACAGAGCCCGCUAUGUGAGGGCUCAGUCUGGGGAGCUCGUACUCGGACCGGGUCCAUUUAUCUCAGCUCUUGAGACUGCGGUAGGUAACGGACUCAAGGCAGAGGUUGUAGGGAAACCCGAGAAGACGUUUUUCGAAGUCUGCCUUCGCGAUAUGGGCGUCGUAUUGGACAGUGAGCCAACAGGGGAUGAAAUACGUGUGGAAGACGUUGCGGUCAUUGGGGACGACGUCGAGGCUGAUUUGGCUGGCGGGGCGAUUGAGCUGGGUCUGAAGCGCAUGCUUGUCAAAACAGGCAAGUAUCGGCCAGGGGAUGAAGACCGGUCAUCGACCCCUCCGGAUGCGGUCUUUGAUUCAAUUGGGGACCUGGUGGAGGCUUUGACCCUCUUUGCGGGUCUGACUCCUGACUGCCUGUCAGUAUCCGAGGGUAGACCCAGACCAGAUCUUUGCCACCAAAACCUGAACAUGUCCGACGAGGCUGAAUAUUCGCUCCACUACUGGGGAGGCAUUCCAGGCCGUGGAGAGUUCAUUCGGCUGGCAUUUGAAGCGACAGGGACUGCUUACAAAGAUACGAAAGCUCCUGCCACGCUCUUGAGCAAAGUGCAAACAACGAAUCACCCACCACAUCUUGCGCCGCCCAUUCUAGAGAUUGGCCAAGGAACGUUCAUCUCGCAAACAUCCAACAUUCUGAACUAUCUGGCCCCAAAAUUGGGCCUCGACGGCGUGGAGGAUGGUACAGCAGAGGAGGCAGCUGCAAUUAGGAGGGCGCAUGUUAACCAGCUGGUUCUUACAGCGUUGGACCUGAAUAAUGAGGCUCACGACGUUCACCAUCCGAUUGCGUCUCGGCUCUACUAUGAGGACCAGCAAACAGAAUCGGUUCGUCGCGGGCACGAGCUACGUAACUUCCGCCUGCCGAAAUUCCUCACCUACUUCUCCCUUGUGCUCAGAGCCAACGACGACUGCGAUGGAUCGCAAGGAUGGAAGCAUUUAAUCGGCAACAAACUAACAACGGCAGACCUUGUGCUCUUCCAUGUCGUGUCUGGAUUCGAGUUUGCGUUUCCUAGACGUAUGGCGACGCUCCGCAAGGACGAGGCAUACAAAGAGCUCUUUGCACACAGGGACGGCAUCGCGGCCCUGGAACCCAUUGCUGCAUAUCUUAGUAGCCAACGCAGAUUGCCAUUCUCGAUGGGUAUCUUUAGGCACUAUCCAGAGUUGGAUGGGGAAUAG